AUGGAGGUUCCCUUCUCAGACACUCUGCGAUCACAACCUAGAUGGGUUCUCCUUCUAUUAUCACUUGGCCUCUUCCAAGUCUCGAGGCUUUCUCUGGCCUUCCUCCGAUGGGUCUACACCUUCUUCCUCCGACCACCAAAACACCUUCUCGACUACGGCCGGUGGGCGAUUGUCACGGGGCCAACAGACGGCAUCGGAAAGGUCAUAGCCUUCGAGCUCGCCAGGCAAGGCCUGAGUCUUAUCCUCGUCGGUCGGAACCCCGAUAAGCUGAAGUCGGUGUCCGCGGCACUUCAGGCCGAGUUCCGGAGCGUCGAGGUCGUGACUGUCGUGUUUGACCUCGCUGGUGACAUCCCCGACGGCGUCCAGCGGCUAAAGAUGGCCAUCGAGAACCUCGACGUCGGGGUGCUCGUUAAUAACGCUGGUGUGUGUUAUGAUGCUCCCAGGUACCUGCAUGAGCUCGAGGAGAAGAUGUUCACCGAUUUAGUUAAAGUUAACAUGGAGUCGUUGACGGAGAUUACCAGGGCGGUGCUGCCGCAGAUGGUAAGGAAGAAGAAAGGCGCCAUCGCCAACCUCGGCUCCGGGUCUGUAGUGUGUAGUGAUCCUUCCAUCUUACCCGAUGUUCACUGUGUAUACUGCAACCAAAGGGUAGGCCAAAUUCAUUCUUUUUCGUCCAAGGUCAUCAUUAUCUUUAGCAUCUGCCACCUCUUGGCUUUCGCUUCAAUUUUCGUUUCAUAUUUCCUCUUUUCUUCUCUCUCUCUAUCUCUCUCUCUCUCUCUCUCUCUCUCUCUCUCUCUCUCUCUCUCUCUCUCUCUCUCUCUCUCUCUCUGUAUACCUACCUCGCGUGCGCUGUUACUCCGUUGUCAAUAUGCUUAGGAUUUAGUUUCCUUUACACUUUUUAUGUCUGCUUCCUCUUAUAUUUCCGCUUGCAGUUCUUCCCCCUUGUUUUUAUACAUAUUGAGACAUCUUACUUCCGUGUCUAUUCAUGAUCUUAUUCGGUCAUUACCCUAGCAAAUUUGUGUCCUUUCUUCCAAACUAUCGGCAACAGAUUUCGUAUUUUGUUCAAAAACUGAGUAACAUAUUUGACGGAGCGAGGCUCGAAGUUUAUUCAUUAAUAUUGUACAAGGUCUUUUCUGAUUCAUAUACUAAUUCCAUCUAAUUUUGUAUCAGUUACGUCGAUGCUUUAUCUAGAAGUUUGCACCAUGAAUACAAGAGCACUGGAAUUGACAUCCAUUGCUGGGUAAUAGUUCGUAUUCCAUAACUUUGUCCGUCUGUGUCUAUCUUGCUCGUAAACUAAUAUCUCUUUCCGAACAUUGAUUAGAUCUAUUUGUCUGAACUAGGUUCGAUAGGAAUGACUUAAUAUGUUUAUUAGUACAUUGCCCAUAAGACUAAGAAAGAAAAUAGGCGGGUACUUUGAACAGAUUAUAAAAUUUUCUAUCCAAAUAGCUAAAUAUAUGGCUUUCGUAAAACUAUCUAACCCUUUUUCCAACAUAUGAUAGAUGCACUAAGACCAGAUGAUCAUUUUGGUACUGUUAUUUGGUUUCCACUUGACAACUAUUGGUCAUUGUUUAGACUCCAGCUUAUCCAGGAACAAAAAUGGUCCCAGACAAGAGGCAUUCUUUUUUCAACUCGACACCAGAGGAGUAUGCACCUCCGGCCGUACGUGCCAUCGGCUAUCGGACCUCGAUCCUCCCUCACUGGAGGCACUCUAUGUUAAACUAUCUUGCGAAACUGGCACCGGAUAGUAUCCUAAACGAAUGGUUUUUAGGUGAUGCACUGAAUCAAAGGGCAAAACAUUCAUUAACGUGA